CCACCCCCUCCCCCUCCCCUCCUCCCCCCAGUCCUCAAAAGCUGAAGCCAAGGCAUGAGUCCCACAUCAUACAGAUGAAUAGCAGGUCUGUUCCAGCAGCUGUGCUUUUCCUCCCACCCAGCAAAGCACUGGGAGACUCCAGAAAGCUGCAGAGACUUGGUCUCUUGUGCGGGCUCAAGAGGAUUGACCAGAAAACCUGGGGAGCACAAAAAAAAGAGAGGAUGGGAUCGGAAGGAGAAAUGAUCAACCUUCAUCCCUCUAACCCUGGCUCCAGGUUGGAAAACAUCAUCAACAUAAAUCAUUAUGCCACUAAGAAAAGUGUGGCUGAGAGCAUGCUGGAUGUGGCGCUGUUCAUGGCCAAUGCUGCACAGCUGAAGGCAGUGCUGGAGCAGGGUCCUUCCUUCCAAUAUUAUGCCACCCUGACAGCUCUCAUCAGCAUUUCCCUCUUCUUCCAAACAGCCAUUGGGAUUCUCCUGAUUGUUAUAGCUCGCUUGAACCUGAACGAUGUGGCGAAGCAGCAGCGCCUGGAUUUGCUUAACAACAUUGCCACUGUCCUCGUCUUCAUCACAGUAAUUGUCAACAUCUUCAUUACAGCCUUUGGUGUGCAGAAGACAGGUCUCUACCCAAGCAUUUAUGGUGGUCGGAGAAUGUACUGAGCCCUGGAAGGGUAAGAAAGGGGCUGGAGCACACGGUAGAAGAUGGCUGGGAUGCGUUUCUGUUGGCUUACUGACCUCAGACUUGAUGUUCCAUGUACGACACACAACUUCCUGGGUGCAGCCUAUCACACAUGCAUCAGUUGCUCCAUGUGCACUGCUUCUGUGAUGCGUUUGCCUCUCUAAAGCAACAUCUUUACAAUUGAUCUUUAUAGGAGUGUCUCCUCAUCUCGCCCUAAUUUGCCAUCAUCCUGUAAGGGUUAGGAAUCUCAGAUCCAAGUGCUAAAUGCAGCCCCCAGGCCUCUCUGUCUGGCUCUUGGGACUCUCCGCAGGUUACACCUCUUCCUCAGCCACACUUCUUCUAUCCAGGACACGCCCCUCACCAGCCCUACUUCGCACCCACCUUGAGUGUUUUCGUCUGGUUGGAAUGUAUUCUUGAAGUCUGAUAAUGCUUCUUGCUUGUCUGGAUGCAAGACAGAGAGGGUGUGUGAGUGUAUGUAGGAACUAGCCUCCUGUACAAAGAUAACAUUUUACAUCCAUUGCUCUGCCCACUUUUACCUCUGGCCCCACCCCCAUUUCCACUCUCUAUGGCUGUAGUGGGAUUCACCUGCAAUUCUGAAAGGGGUUGGAUUCAGCUAGAACUUCCUGGCUAUCACCAGGAAAGGAGCAGCCUUCAAGGAUUCAGCACAGUACAGUACUUCAUUAAUAGUAGCAGCAGUCAUUGUAGUAAUAGGGACAACUGUAUUACAAUAAAACUUGAAUAUAAUUAUAUAUGAGCACAAAAGCUACACCGUUGGUAACACACAUUAGAUCAGUCAUUCCCAAACCAUGUCCCGGGGAAGUCAAUAUGUCAGAAAAUGACAGCCUUGCGUGCCAGCAAGGAAAGGAAUUAAGGUUGCAGUUCUAAUGUCUAUUCUGAAGUAAGUUCUAUUGAAAUCAGUGGGACUUACUUCCAGGUAAGUGGGGUUGGGAUUGCAGCCUCCUGUGAGCACACAAAUUCACCCAGUGAAGAGGUUGCCCACUGUGCCUCUUUUUGAUUCAUUGCUUUUGCUUUGCUUUCUCCUAUAGUGACUCAGUCAGGGAUGCGUUUCUGCAGUUGAGAUUGCACCCUUGCAUUGUGUGUUUGGAUUGAUAGCUCUCAGUGUACAGAUGCAGUAGAAUUAUCUGCUAUUAGAGACUUUUGCCCAGAAUAGUGACUCAUACACAUUGUGGGCUGGCUCCUCUGAGGGCAGAUAGCUAUGUAACCCUUUCCGGUUACAAGAAUGAAGUGUAGCACCAAUUUUAGUUCAGAGCAAAGCCUGCCUCUGCUAUUAAAACACUGGGAAAUGCAGUAUCAAUGAAGAGCAUUAGGUCACCCUGAUCCAGUAAUCAGUGGUGGUCCAGAAGCUCUGAUGCAGACAUGGAGCUCACCAACUAGCUAAAGCUCCUAUGUUAUUUAGCGGGAGCUCCCCUGCUAGCCAAGGUUCUUAUUGUUUGUUUUUCCCAAGCAGGGCAUUCUGCACAUGCAAAGGUAUAUGAGCAUGGUGCUGCUCCUCUAGGAGUGCAAAUUUUUAUAUAAACUGCUUAGAGGUUUUUACAGUUAAGCAGUACACAAAUUAUGUUAAAUAAAUAAAUAACAACUAUAUAUAGAAUAUGCAUCUUAAUCCUAGUUUUAUACCUUUUAUGCUUUUAUUAUGUUGAAAUACAGAACGUCAGCAUAUAUGAGACAAAGAAUAAAUUACAUUUUAAACAGCUGCUGGUGGCAAUAAUACUAUUCAUAGUAAGGCAAAAUUCUUUAAAGCUAUACAAAUUAACCUUGACCUUGUAAAAAGUGCAACGCUCUUGAAUGUUAUUUCCUCCCUAACAUCCCCCCACAACCAAUGCUGUCCUUUAUCUACUCUGACAUUAUUUUAAAAAGGACUUGCAAUUUUGUUAUCCCACUUAGAAAUGGGACAUCUUUUGCACAUUUCAGCUAUUAUUUGCU